CAAAGAAAAAAACAAACAUGCAAAGACAUGGCAAUAAAGAAAGAAUCAAAAUUUCAACUUAAACCAAAUUAGUCAACUCAAAAAUCAGUUAAUUAGAGCUGAAAAAAAAUCGAUUAAUGCUGCCUAACAAUUCACCAAAUCCAUCACCGAGAAAUGGGCGGUAGGAAUCUGUUCUUCGCCGCAGUGAUCAGCUUCUCCGCCGCGCUGAUCACCUACAACAUCAUCAUCUCCGCCAAUGCCUCGCUCAAGCAGGGAUUCCCGGGCGAAUCGUCGGCGAAAUCGUCGGUCGAUCCGAUCAUCAGAAUGCCGACCGACGCCGCCAGGAAGGGGCGGCGGCGGAGGCUGUUCCACACCGCCGUCACCGCCUCCGACUCCGUCUACAACACGUGGCAGUGCAGGGUAAUGUACUACUGGUUCAAGCAGCAGAAGCUGCGGAACCCUAGCUCCGACAUGGGGGGAUUCACCAGAGUACUGCAUUCCGGCAAGCCCGAUCGAUUCAUGGAUGAGAUUCCCACAUUUGUCGCUCAGCCCCUUCCCGAUGGAGUGGACCAGGGGUACAUUGUCCUAAACAGACCUUGGGCAUUUGUGCAGUGGCUCCAACAAGCAAACAUUGAAGAAGACUACAUAUUUAUGUCGGAGCCGGACCACCUUCUGGUCAAGCCAAUCCCGAACUUGUCCAGAGACGGCCUUGCAGCCGCCUUCCCUUUCUUCUACAUUGAGCCUAAGAAAUUCGAGAAGAUCCUGCGCAAGUUCUUCCCGGAGGAUAGAGGACCAAUUACUAACAUCGACCCGAUUGGGAAUUCCCCAGUCAUUUUGCGGAAGGAUGCUCUGAAAAGGAUAGCCCCGACUUGGAUGAAUGUGUCGUUGGCCAUGAAGAAAGACCCGGAAGCAGAUAAAGCUUUUGGAUGGGUACUUGAGAUGUAUGCGUAUGCCGUUGCGUCUGCUCUUCAUGAUGUUGGUAACAUAUUGCACAAGGACUUCAUGAUUCAGCCUCCUUGGGACACGGUGAUCGGGAAGUCUUACAUAAUCCAUUACACAUACGGAUGCGAUUACGAUUUACAGGGUAAGAUGACACCCGGAAAGUUCGGAGAGUGGAGAUUCGACAAGAGAUCAUACAACGACUGGCCUCCCAGAAACCUUUCCCUACCACCACCCGGUGUCCCAGAAAGUGUGGUGACAUUAGUGAAGAUGGUGAAUGAAGCCACUGCAAAUAUUCCAAAUUGGGGUUCCUAAAGACUGAAGUCAUCAUCAGAUAACAAACAUGUAUAUCUUCUGUUUUAAUAUAUCAACACACAUCAACUUUUUUCAACUGGGAAUUAUGCUCCUGCGGCUUGUAAAUCGUUGAUGAGGAAUAAUAUGUUUCAAUCCAAAAAAAGUUGGAUAAUUUGCUAA